AUGGGGAAAAUUAUUGAAGAUACUCAUAAAAAUUCUGAAGCUAAAAGAGAGGACACAAUUUUAGCAAAAGAUGUAAACAAAAAUAAAGGAAAAAAUGUAGAAUUAACAAUAACUUGUCAUGGAAUAAAAGUAAAAUGUGAAAUUAAUGAAGAAAAAUUAUUUUCGGGAAAUUUGUGUGAAAUUGGGGUUAUGUUAUUUAGUAAAGAAGAAAAAAAAGUUUAUUUUCAUAUAAAUGAUGUUGAUGGAUAUGAAUUGGAUUAUUCUGAAGGAAUUGGAAGUUCCACUAGUGGUGGUAAACAUUAA